AUGGCUGCCCAUCCCUCAGAGGGACCCGCCGUUGCCCAGCACCCCGCCUCGCCGCCUGCUGCGGGCAUCAAGGCGGAACCAGGAGCGGGAGGCGCGACCAAAUCCAGAGACGAGGACGCGCCUGCGCCCGAGCAUGAUGACGAAGAUGGCGGCGCGUGGGACCAAGCCUCCCUGUACGAGGAGAUUCUAGACGAAGUGGAAGCCUUUGAGUACUCGGACGAUGGCGUAGACACAUGCACCGCCGACGAAGCACGCCGCUUGCGCCAAAGACUCCACCAGAUUGGCGCGAGCGCUUUCGUCAUGGAGAACAUCACCAGCGAGAAGAUGACGGCGCGCAAGCUGUGCACCGCCUUCGGCGUCAAGAUACCCAAGUUCCUCGAGGAUGCGCCCGACGAAAACUUCUACCAGCUGCUGGGACUGGCCAUCAACCGCGAACUGAACAAGCGCCCGCGACUUGCUCAGUAUAAGACCAUCGACGACGCGGCCAAACUGCUACGCGAACGCAACAACAUCAUGGUCAUUACCGGUGCGGGCAUAUCGACGAGCCUCGGCAUACCCGACUUCCGCUCCAAGAACACGGGUUUCUACUCGCGACUCCGAGAGAUGGGUUUCGACGAGCCCGAGGAGGUCUUUGACAUCCACAACUUCGACGAGAACCCCAAGACCUUCUACGCGCUAGCCGGCGACAUCAUACCCGAUCUUGAAAAGUGGACGCCCACGCACGAGUUCAUACGUCUACUACAGGACAAGCAGAAGCUACUCACAAACUACACACAAAACAUUGACAAUGUAGAGGCACAUGCGGGCAUACGCAAGGAGAAGCUCAUCCAGUGCCACGGCUCAUGGGCGACUGCCACAUGUAGGAAAUGCAAGUUCAAGGUGCCAGGCGAGGACAUCUUCGACUGUGUGCGCGCGCAAAAGCCAGCCGAGUGCAAGCGGUGUAAAGAGCAGAUUGCUGCGCAGCCCAGCAAGAAGCGCAAGCGGACUUCCAAUGGCAACGGCAGCAGGAAGAAGCGAUCGAGCGACGAAGACUCCGAGUCAGAUGGCGCAUUCGACAUCCCACAGCCAGGCAUCAUGAAGCCCGACAUCACCUUCUUCGGCGAAGCCCUUCCCAACGACUUCUUCGAUCGGCUGAAAGACGUCGAUAAAGACAAGGUGGAUCUCGUCAUUGUAAUGGGCACCAGCAUGAAAGUGGCUCCCGUGUCGGAGAUCCCAAACUUCCUACCCCGCGACGUGCCGCAAAUCUACAUCUCGCGAGAUCCGAUCCACCACAUCAACUUUGACAUCAACCUCCUCGGUGACUGCGACGUUGUCGUGGCCGAAUUGGCGCGAAGGGCGGGCUGGAGUCUAGAACAUAAGAUGAUACCCGAUGGCCAGACAACCGAGGUGGCCAUUACCGAUGAACAAGACCACAUCUCUACCGUCAAGGUUCAUGUACCUGUCAUGACUACAACGAACGGUCACAUCAACGAGCAGUCAUGA